UGUAUCAUAGAAAAUGUCAUGUUAUUUUCUUAAUAGGUGAUCAAAUCACAAUCACAUUUCAAUUUUUAAUCCUCGUAAUCGAAGCCGGUCAAUAUGCCAAAAAAAUUCGUUGGUGAAAAUAGCAAAGCUGCCGCUGCUCGAGCAAGGAAAGCAGCGGCAAAAGAAGCCGAAAACACGAAAAAAGCUCUGGAAGCGGAAGAAAAAGCUUGGCAAGAUAACGAUAAACAGGUGUUGAAGAAGAAGCAAAGACAGGAAGAACUUGAAAAGAAACGUCAGCAACAAUUGGAAAAGAAAGCAGAAGUUAAAGCUAUACUUGAAAACGAAAUGGCAACUAUAAAGAUAGGUGGUAAACAGCCUAUAUCAAAACUAAGCAGAGCAGAAAUACUUGCUGAAUCAGAAAAACGAAAUCAAGUAGCAAUGAAAAAGAAAGAAGAUGAAAAACCAAUUGAGGAAAAUUUGAAUAGGAUAACACUAGAGGGUGAAACUGCUCAUGGUAUAGAUGAAGCUUUGUCUGUUUUAAGUACAAAAGAACCAGAAAUUGAUCGUCAUCCAGAAAAACGUGCAAAGGCCGCAUAUGCUAGUUUUGAGGAGAGAAUGAUGCCCAUGGUCAAGGAGCAGAACCCUACACUCAGGUUAAGCCAGUUGAAACAAAUAUUGAAGAAGGAAUGGAUGAAAUCACCAGAAAAUCCACUCAAUCAAAAGUUACUCCUAAAUCGUUGAUAUUGAAUCAUAAUCGAACAGAAUGCAAUACA